AUCAAAAAAAAAAAAAAAAAAAAAAAAAAAAAACACUUCCUAUAUUUGAGAUGAGAGACGAGAGUGCUAGGCAGUUUCCUGGCUGAACACACCAGCCCAAUACUUAAAGAGAGCAACUCUUGACUCCGAUAGAGACUGGAUGGGCCCACAAGGGUGACAGUCCAGGCGGACCGAUCUUCCCAUCCCACAUCCUCCAGCGCGAUGCCAAAAAGAGGCUGACGGCAACUGGGCCUUCUGCGGAGAAAGACCUCUCUUCACUGUCCCGGCAGGUCCCAAGGGCCAGGAAGAUGGAUCCAUACCUGCUCAUGUGGGGACUGCUCACGGUCAUCACGGUGCCUGGCUGCCAGGCAGUCUUCUUUUGCUUUGCAGAGCUCUGUGACUAUGACCCGCCAAAAAUCACACACGCCACGUUCAAAGCCGUGGCCUACAAGGAAGGAACCAUGUUGAACUGUGAAUGCAAGAGAGGUUUCCGCAGAAUAAAAAGCGGGUCACCCUAUAUGCUCUGUACAGGAAACUCUGGCCACUCAUCCUGGGACAACCAAUGUCAAUGCACAAGCUCUGCUGCUCGGAACGCAACAAAACAAGUGACACCUCAACCUGAAGAACAGAAAGAAAGAAAAACCACAGAAAUGCAAAGUCAAAUGCAGCUGGCGGACCAAGCAAGCCUUCCAGGUCACUGCAGGGAACCUCCACUAUGGGAAAAUGAAGCCACAGAAAGAAUUUAUCAUUUCGUGGUGGGGCAGACGGUUUACUACCAGUGCGUCCAGGGAUACAGGGCUCUACACAGAGGUCCUGCUGAGAGCGUCUGCAAAAUGACCCACGGGAAGACAAGGUGGACCCAGCCCCAGCUCAUAUGCACAAGUGAAACGGAGCCCAGUCAGUUUCCAGGUGAAGAGGAGCCUCAGGCAAGCCCCGACGGCCUUGCUGAGAGUGAGACUUCCCGCCUCAUCACAACAACAGAUUUUCGAAUACAGACAGAAGUGGCUGCAACCAUGGAAACGUUCAUAUUUACAACAGAGUACCAGGUAGCAGUGGCCGGCUGUGUUUUCCUGCUGAUCAGCGUCCUCCUCCUGAGUGGGCUCACCUGGCAGCGGAGACAAAACCUUUGGAAUAGCUGUGGCCUAGAGAGAUGCAACAGCUUGAAGAAGAUGGCACGGCAGAGGCCAGCACUGCAACUUGAAUCUAGAGCCCAUGGAUUUCCCACCCAGCCCCUACCUAUAGAGGACCCAGGGCAGCAUCUGUGCUGAGCUUUGCCUAUCCUGUGCUCCCCACCCUCACUUCUGCAGAGGCUCACACCAGCAUCCCCUUGACCAGGAAUGUAACCCAUGUGUGAUCUUUUUGCAUUAACUCAGAUUUCCAACCCUGGAUGCCUCUUAGAACAUUCAGGAGAGAGUCUUCUAAAAUACCAGUGAGUGGCAAGGUCUGAGUAAAUGCCACAGGAAAAGGAAGGCGGUCCAAAGGGCUGUGCGUCUCCUGUGGCUCAGUGUGAUUCAUAGCUGUGACAUCUUUUAAGAGAGGUUUACAAGAGGGAAAUCAUGUCACCAAAACCAUUGUGACCCACUUUGAAUUUGGCGGGAAUCUUCAUUUACAACAAUAGAAGAACAAAUUUGUUGCAAUAAGAAAUAUUUUUGUAGCUUAUGUAGGUUGUUCAGCCAAAACAGCGUAUUAAUUUAAAAAGUUAAAAGAUAGGCCAGGUGCAGUGGCUCAUGCCUGUAAUCCCAGCACUUUGGGAGGCCAAGGCAGGUGGCUAUCUGAGGUCAGGAGUUCGGGACCAGC